AGCCGGACUCCAGACUCUGCUCCAGACAGGAUGCUGAGGCCUGGUCCCCGCGGCCGCCGCCCCCUCCGGAUGCUGCCGCUGCUGCUGCUGCUGCUGCUGCCGGUAGCAGCCGUCACCUCCACCGCGGGCCCCGACCCCAGCCCCAGCCCCAGCCCCAGCCAGGCCAUCCUGGGCCACCCGACCGGCCUUGGUGCUUGUCGCUGCUGCCUAGGCCUGGCACCUAGGAGGAAUAACUGCACCCAAGGGGGGUUCUUCCGGACGGCUUCCUGCAGGGCCCAUAGCUGUCCACCUGGAAAGUGCCCAGGACCCCAGAGGUGCCUGACCUCGACACCUCCGGUGCCAAACCCCAGCCCCAGCCCGGCAGAGAGGAAGAGACGCGUGUCCCUCAACUGGCAGCUUCUGACUUUGCAGGAGGCCCGAGCUUUGCUGAGGCGAAGGCGGCCCCGUGGGCCGUGGGCCCGGGCACUACUGAAAAGGAGGCCCCCGCAUCGCGCCCCAGCCGGCCAGGCCCGGGUCUUAUGUCCCUUGAUCUGUCACAAUGGCGGUGUGUGCGUGAAGCCUGACCGCUGCCUCUGUCCCCCGGACUUCACUGGCAAGUUCUGCCAGUUACACUCCUCAGGUGCCCGUCCCCCUGCCCCAGCCGUGCCAGGCCUCAUGCGCUCCGUGUAUACCAUGCCAUUGGCUAACCACCGGGACGACGAACAUGGAGUGGCGUCCAUGGUGAGCGUGCACGUGGAGCACCCCCAGGAGGCGUCGGUGGUGGUGCACCAGGUGGAACGAGUGUCCGGCCCUUGGGAAGAGGCGGACCCCGAGGCCCUGGCCCGGGCGGAGGCGGCGGCGCGGGCGGAGGCGGCGGCCCCCUACACGGUGCUGGCGCAGAGCGCGCCACGCGAGGACGGCUACUCGGACUCCUCGGGCUUCGGUUACUGCUUCCGGGAGAUGCGCGGCGGCGAAUGUGCGUCGCCGCUGCCCGGCCUGCGGACGCAGGACGUGUGCUGUCGAGGGGCCGGCCUGGCCUGGGGUGUGCACCACUGCCAGCUGUGCCCUGAGCACCCGGGGAACUCCAACCGCGUGGGUGGCUCCGAUGGACCUUGCCCGACCGGUUUUGAGAGGGUCAAUGGGUCCUGCGUAGAUGUGGACGAGUGCGCCACCGGCGGGCGCUGCCAGUACGGGGAGUGUGCCAACACGCGUGGCGGGUACACGUGCGUGUGUCCCGACGGUUUCCUGCUGGACUCUUCCCGCAGCAGCUGCAUUUCCCAGCACGUGAUCUCGGAAGCCAAGGGGCCCUGCUUCCGCGCGCUGCGCGACGGAGGCUGCUCUCUGCCCAUUCUACGCAACAUCACCAGGCAGAUCUGCUGUUGCAGCCGCGUGGGCAAAGCCUGGGGCAGAGACUGCCAGCUCUGCCCACCUUUCGGCUCAGAGGGCUUUCGGGAGAUCUGCCCAGCUGGCCCCGGCUAUCAUUACUCAGCUUCUGACCUCCGCUACAACACCAGACCCCUGGGCCAGGAGCCAGCUCGAGUGGCCCUCAGCCAACCACGGGCUGCACCGGCCACAGCUCUGCCACAUGCAGACUUUCUGCCCACUCGUCGCCCAGAACCUCGGCCCCAGCCUCGGCCUGAAUCCCGGCCUGAACCCCGGCCUGAACCCCGGCCUGGUCCUGAGCUUCCACUGCCCAGUAUCCCUGCCUGGCAGGGUCCUGAAAUACCUGAAUCAGGUCCAGGCCCCUCCUCCAGCGUGUGUCAGCGCCACCCGCAGGUGUGUGGCCCUGGACGCUGCAUACCUCGGGCCAACGGCUACACCUGCGCCUGCGACUCCGGAUACCGGCUCAGCCCCCAGGGCACCCGCUGCACCGAUGUAGAUGAAUGCCGCCGCGUGCCCGCUCCUUGUUCUCCUGGGCGCUGUGAGAACACACCGGGCAGCUUUCGCUGCGUGUGCGGCCCGGGCUUCCGAGCGGGUCCGCGGGCUACCGAGUGCCUGGACGUGGACGAGUGCCAGCGCGUGCCGCCGCCGUGCGACCGCGGGCGGUGCGAGAACACCCCGGGCAGCUUCCUGUGUGUGUGCCCCGCCGGGUACCAGGCGGCACAGCACGGAGGCAGCUGCCAGGAUGUGGACGAAUGCACCCAGAGCCCAGGCCUGUGUGGACGAGGGGCCUGUGAAAACCUGCCCGGCUCUUUCCGCUGUGUGUGCCCGGCUGGCUUCCGCGGCUCGGCUUGCGAAGAGGAUGUGGAUGAGUGUGCCCAGCAGCCGCCGCCCUGCGGGCCUGGCCGCUGUGACAACACGGCCGGCUCCUUUCACUGCGCCUGCCCUGCUGGCUUCCGCUCCAGGGGCCCCGGGGCCCCCUGCCAAGACGUGGAUGAGUGUGCCCGGAGCCCAUCGCCCUGUGCCUACGGCCGCUGUGAGAACACGGAAGGCAGCUUCCAGUGUGUGUGCCCCACAGGCUUCCAACCCAAUGCCGCCGGCUCCGAGUGCGAGGAUGUGGAUGAGUGUGAGAACCACCUGGCGUGUCCCGGGCAGGAAUGUGUGAACUCACCCGGCUCUUUCCAGUGCAGGGCCUGUCCUGCUGGCCACCACCUGCACCGAGGCAGAUGCACUGAUGUGGACGAGUGCAGCUCGGGCGCCCCCUGCGGCCUCCACGGGCAGUGCACGAAUACCGAAGGCUCAUUCCGUUGCAGCUGCACCCCGGGUUACCGCGUGCCAUCUGGUCGACCCGGGCCCUGCACUGACAUCAAUGAGUGUCUGGAGGGCGAUUUCUGCUUCCCCCACGGCGAGUGUCUCAACACCGAUGGUUCCUUUGCCUGCACCUGUGCCCCUGGCUACCGGCCUGGACCACGCGGAGCAUCUUGCCUCGAUGUGGACGAGUGCAGCGAGGAGGACCUUUGCCAGAGCGGCACGUGCACCAACACCGAUGGCUCCUUUGAGUGCGUGUGUCCCCCGGGACACCGUGCAGGCCCAGACCUCUCCUCCUGCCUGGACAUCGAUGAGUGUCGUGAGCGAGGGCCCUCUCUGUGCGGGUCCCAGCGCUGUGAGAACUCCCCCGGCUCUUACCGCUGCGUCAGGGACUGUGAUCCUGGCUACCACGCGGGCCCCGAGGGCACCUGUGAUGAUGUGGACGAGUGCCAGGAAUACGGCUCGGCAAUUUGUGGGGCUCAGCGCUGUGAGAACACCCCUGGUUCCUACCGCUGCACGCCAGCUUGCGACCCCGGCUACCAGCCCACGCCGGGGGGCGGGUGCCAGGAUGUGGACGAAUGCCGGAACCGGUCCUUCUGCGGCGCCCAUGCCACGUGCCAGAACCUGCCGGGCUCCUUCCAGUGCCUGUGUGACCAGGGCUACGAGGGGGCUCGGGACGGGCGUCACUGCGUGGAUGUGAAUGAAUGUGAAACACUGCACGGUGUGUGUGGAGCUGCCCACUGUGAAAAUGUCGAAGGCUCUUUCCUGUGUGUCUGCCCCACCAGCCCGGAGGAGUUUGACCCCAUGACGGGACGCUGUGUUUCUCCACGAACUUCUCCUGGCACAUUCCCAGGAUCACAGCCCCAGGCACCUGCCAGCCCCAAUCUUCCAGCGGGGCUCCCCCCGCCACCACCUCCGCCGCGCAGGCCCAGCGCGCCCAGGCACGGGCCUGCGGGCAGCGGCAGCGGGCGCCGGGAAUGUUACUUCGACACGGCGGCCCCGGACGCCUGCGACAACAUCUUGGCCCGGAAUGUCACGUGGCAGGAGUGCUGCUGCACCGUGGGCGAGGGCUGGGGCAACGGCUGCCGAAUCCAGCAGUGCCCGGGCACCGAGACAGCUGAAUACCUGUCGCUGUGUCCCCACGGCCGGGGCUAUCUGGCACCCAGUGGAGAUCUGAGCGUCCGCAGAGAUGUGGAUGAAUGCCAGCUCUUCCGGGACCAGGUGUGCAAGAGCGGGGUGUGCGUGAACACAGCCCCGGGGUACUCGUGUUACUGCAGCAAUGGCUUCUACUACCACGCACGGCGGCUGGAGUGCAUCGAUAACGACGAAUGCGCCGACGAGGAGCCAGCUUGCGAAGGCGGCCGCUGCGUCAACACGGUGGGCUCUUAUCACUGCACGUGCGAGCCCCCCCUCGUGCUGGACGGCUCCCGGCGCCGCUGCGUCUCCAACGAGAGCCAGAGCCUGGAUGACAAUCUGGGCGUGUGCUGGCAGGAAGUGGGGCCUGACCUCGUCUGCAGCCGCCCUCGGCUGGACCGCCAGGCCACCUACACAGAGUGUUGCUGCCUCUAUGGGGAAGCCUGGGGCAUGGACUGUGCCCUCUGCCCUGCCCAGGACUCAGAUGACUUUGAGGCCCUGUGCAAUGUGCUGCGUCCCCCGGCCUAUGGCCCCCCGCGACCGGGAGGCUUCGGAGUCCCCUAUGAGUAUGGUCCAGACAUAGGCCCACCGUAUCAAGGCCUCCCGUAUGGACCAGAGCUGUACCCACCUCCUGUGCUGCCCUAUGACCCCUACCCACCCCCACCUGGGCCCUUUGCCCGCCGGGAGGCCCCUUACGGGGCACCGCCCUUCGACAUGCCGGACUUUGAGGAUGAUGGUGGCCCCUAUGACGAGUCUGAGGCUCCCGCCCCACCCAGCCGAGGCAGCAGCUGGGCUUACCGUUCGCGGGACACGCGUGGCUCCUUCCCGGAGUCCGAGGAGUCCUCUGAACGUGGAGGCUAUACUGGCGCCCUGACUGAGCCCUAUGAGGGUCUAGAGGCUGAAGAGUGUGGGAUCCUGGACGGCUGCGCCCACGGCCGCUGUGUGCGCCUCCCUGAAGGCUUCACCUGCGACUGUUUCGACGGCUACCGCCUGGACAUGGCCCGCAUGGCCUGCGUGGAGAGACAGAGAGGCAGAUAGAGAAUGGGUGUGCCAGAGC